CAAAACAGUUCACAUCAAGGUAAUUGAUGAUGAGGAGUAUGAAAAAACCAAGAAUUUCUUCAUUGAGCUGAUGAGCCCCCGCAUGGUGGAUAUGAGUUUACAGAAAGCCCUCCUGCUCUCCCAAGAGGUGGCUGAGAGGAAGCUGACGGUUGAAGAGGAGGAAGCCAAGAGGAUUGCAGAGAUGGGCAAACCAAUACUUGGCGAGCAUCCCAAACUAGAAGUCAUCAUUGAGGAGUCCUAUGAGUUCAAGAGCACUGUGGACAAGCUGAUUAAGAAGACAAACCUGGCUUUGGUUGUAGGGACACAUUCCUGGAGGGAUCAGUUCAUGGAGGCCAUUACCGUCAGCGCAGCAGGUGACGAGGAUGAGGACGAGUCCGGUGAGGAGCGCCUGCCGUCCUGCUUCGACUAUGUGAUGCACUUCCUGACGGUCUUCUGGAAGGUGCUGUUUGCCUGUGUGCCCCCCACCGAGUACUGCAACGGCUGGGCCUGCUUCGUCGUCUCCAUCCUUAUCAUCGGCAUGCUCACGGCCGUCAUUGGCGACCUCGCCUCCCACUUCGGCUGCACCAUCGGCCUCAAGGACUCGGUGACUGCUGUUGUCUUUGUCGCCUUCGGCACUUCAGUACCAGACACGUUCGCCAGCAAAGCCGCGGCCAUCCAGGAUGUGUAUGCCGAUGCCUCCAUCAGCAACGUCACGGGCAGCAAUGCUGUCAACGUCUUCCUGGGCAUCGGGCUGGCGUGGUCGGUGGCGGCGAUCUACUGGGCGUCACAGGGGCAGGAGUUCCAGGUGUCAGCAGGCACCUUGGCCUUCUCCGUCACCCUCUUCACCAUCUUCGCCUUCAUCUGCAUCAGCGUCCUCCUCUACCGCCGGCGGCCCCACCUCGGGGGGGAGCUGGGUGGCCCUCGGGGGUGCAAACUGGCCACAACGUUGCUCUUCGUCAGCCUCUGGCUGCUCUACAUCCUCUUCGCCACCCUGGAGGCCUAUUGCUACAUCAAGGGGUUUUAG